CGCUGUGCUUCGGCACUACAGUUGUGGGGAAUGCAUUCGAGCAUCUUUUUCAACAGAUAAACUUUGUCUCCUUUUGAGAUCUAAAAGUAGUUUAAGUAUGCAAUACAAAGAGAUUUAGAUUAAAUGACUUUCCCUGGAAUGCGUUGGCACAAAAGGUCUUAAUGUCAUUUGAAGAUACAAUCUAGCUGCUCUGGUGGCAUUAACAGUUGAACAAGCUGACAUCUACAGUCUUUGUGCUUUAAGGUGACAAGUUUCCUGGCAAAACAUUCAGCCAUGGCCAUUUACUGUUGUCGACGCACUUGGCAUUGUUCACGGUCUACCAUGUGUACACUAGUGCUGGGUUGUGGAUUUGUGACACUGGGCAGCAGCCGAAUCCUUUUGGUCAAAUUUUCUGAAAAUUCAGAAGAUAGGUAUGACUACAUACCUGCAACUGUGAACAUAUGUGCAGAAGGCCUCAAACUGUUAUUUUGCUUGUUGAUGUCAGUGAGAGUGAUAGUACAAGAAGAACGCUCCUAUAGAGAUUUAUGCUUCUCUUCCUGGAAAGAUGUGAUACAUUUUAUGAAAUGGUCUGUUCCUGCAUUCCUGUACUUCUUGGAUAAUUUAAUCAUCUUUUAUGUAAUCACCUACCUCCAGCCGGCUAUGGCUGUGUUGUUUUCGAAUUUUGUCAUCAUUACAACAGCAGUCCUCUUCCGAGUUGUUCUAAAGAGGCGCUUAUCUCGGGUGCAGUGGGCAGCGCUAUUCAUCCUUUUUCUCUCCAUUGUGGCUUUAACUAGAACUGGAGGAGGCCAACACAAUUUUGUCCAUCCUGCUCAGAAUAUUUCCAUUAUUCUACCCUCCAACAGUUGUCUUGCUUUUACACCUCAAGAAAAUGCUGCCUUGAAUGACAAAGGCUUUAAUUUUAAAUUGUUUUCAAGUGUCUCUUGGAAUGAGGCUGCUGUAAAAGUGGGAAAUUUAGGACUGGGGCAUUUUCUUAUAUUGUUGCAGUGCUUUAUCUCUUCUUUAGCCAACAUCUACAAUGAGAAGAUUUUGAAGGAAGGUGAUCAGCUUUUGGAGAGCAUCUUUAUUCAGAACAGCAAGCUUUAUAUUUUUGGAGUACUUUUUAAUGCCCUGACCUUGGCACUUCAUUUAAACUCCAGACUGCAAAUACAGCAAUGUGGUUUCUUCUAUGGGCAUAAUGCAUUUUCAUUAUGCCUCAUUUUUGUAACAGCUGCAAUGGGACUUUCUGUGGCCUUCAUCUUGAAGUUCAGGGAUAAUAUGUUCCAUGUUCUUACAGGACAGAUAACAACUGUCCUCAUUACUGCAGCAUCUCUUUUCGUCUUUGACUUUAAGCCCUCCAUAGACUUCUUUUUACAGGCUCCAAUUGUGUUGCUGGCAAUUUUUAUAUACAGUGUAAGCAAGGCAGAAGACCCAGACUCUGUAUUACAACAAGAGAAGCUAAAGGUCAUCAAUGGUGAAAUAUAUGAACGAUCCAGGGGGGAUGGAGAGGACCUGGAACUGCUGACCAAGACAGACACUGACACUGAUGAAGACUCCAUUUAGCAUAAUAAAUUUUUCUAUUGUUAUAUGAACACUGAUUUCUGUGAACCAGAAAUACAAUUAACAGUCCAAGCAAAACAAAAAAAAUAAUGUUUUUGGGUAACUUGAUAUUCAAAGAUUGCCAUGUUGGCAUUAUGUUUAGGACACCUUGGCUCACUCAGGUAAAGACCAAUGGCUGGUUAAAUCAAACUGGAAACUUUUCAGAGGAAAUGUAUAUAAAAGGCUUUUGUAUAUUUUGCCUGUUGUGUAUAACAUUGGGGGGAAAAAAGCAAUUUUUUCCACUCUCUAUUGCUUAAAUUAUUUCCAAAGGUAUUUUUUAAUUUAAUCGUUGGUUAAUAUUUAUACCUAUGUGUUCAAGCACUACAACCAAAAAAGCACAAAAUACUUGCUUCAUAGUCUGUCAAACUUGGUGCACAUUAUUAUAUGGUUACUUCCAAGGUAUUACAUAUUUUUCUGUAUAGAAUUUACCAUGGUAAAGUGUUAGGCACAUAUAGAAGGAUGUUACUGACAAGGUAAACCCUUCAGUUUUCUCACUGCUUUGGAAGCACCCAUCACCAUCAUUCAUUAUGAUUCUGAAAGAAAAGUAAUCUUUUAAAUCGGAAAUUAUAGUGCAGAGAUUAUUGACCAAAGUUGCCUUAUCUUGCAUUUUCGUUAAUCCACUAUCAAGUUACGAUAGAUUAUUUUGGGCCAAUUACUGGAUAUGUAAACUUGUUUUAAGCUAUCUGUUUAGACUCCAUAAAUAAAGCACAAUUUAGAGUAAGAAAGAAGAUAACUUAUUUUAUAGACUUCAGAUGCAUACUGUAGCAGCUAUGCUAUAACUUUAAUUUGGAAUCAAAUACAUUUGGCAAAUACUGUAAUAUUUGUAAAACAGUUUACACAUUUUCCACUGACAUUCUGUAUUACAAGAUCAUGUUUGUUUUAACUGCAGUAUGUGAUUCCUGACUGGAUAAACUAUUGGAAGUUCAAAAUUGUUUCUUCUUCUUGAAAAGUGUACAAGAUUUGCAGCACAAUAUAAACAUAAUGUCCAUUAAGUUUUCUGGAAAAUAUAUUUUAUUUAAUCAAGCUAUUUGUCAUAUCAGACUGUUUUUCUUUUGUUUGUUUCUGUUAUAUUUGAAGUCUUUUUAGGGAAUUCCUAGAGCCGUGUUUUAAAUAACAUGAUGAGACUUAAGUAAAUAGUUGUAUCAGCA